AACAGCAAAUAUUAUAGUUUAGUUACGUUGUUAGCGGUUAGUAACGUCAAUGCUGUUAGAGUCGAAGCACUAAUAUACGUUAAUAAACACUGAUAUAGUUUGGUAUUGGCUUAACGAUCGUUAGAGGUUGAAGAAAUGGUUCGUUUUUCAAUAACCACGAGUUCGUCUCUGUUUCGAAUCACAAAUUUCUAUGUACGUCAGAGAAAUAUUUGCGGUGCAGAGAAUCCAUUACUUGCUUGGAAAUUACGUAACGUUUCGGAUCAACGAUCUCGAUUGUUUCACGAAGGAACGGCUGCGCACAUGGUGCAGCAUGGAAAUGUGCCUUUGACCGACGAGCCCAUUGGAAAGUUAGUGGAGAUAGCAGCAGAAAAGUGGCCUGAUCGAGAAUGCGUGAUAUCGCUACAUCAAAACGUACGGCUGACAUUUUCGGACGUCGUUCGACGUGCUGAUCGUUUAGCUGCCGGUUUAAUGAAACUGGGUAUGAAACGCGGCGAUCGUCUUGGAAUCUGGGGUCCUAACGACGUUGAAUGGUUAAUUACCUUCAUAUGCGCUAGCAGAGGGGAUUUCAUUCUUGUCGCGAUCAAUCCUAACUUCCAACUGGAUGAGCUCAACUAUUGCAUACAAAAGGUCGGCGUAAAGGCUGUGAUAUCACCUGACAAUUUUAAAACACAAGAUUAUUCACGCAUGCUACUACAAGUCCGGCAAACGUGCUCCACUUUGGAGCACAUAAUUAUCUAUUCGAAGGAUCACGUGACUGGGACUCGUCGUUUCAACGAUGUGGAGCAGCUCGCAUCCAGGAUCGAGGUUGAGCGAAUCGCGGCAGAACAGGAUCAAAUAUCUUGUUAUAAUGGUAGUAACAUACAAUUCACUUCGGGAACCACUGGCAAACCAAAAGCCACUCUGCUGUCACAUAGCUGUUUGGUGAACAAUUCGAAACAGGCUGCCAUAAGAGCAGAGUUCAACGUCGGACAAAAAGUUUGCCUAAACGUUCCGUUUUUUCACGCGUUUGGCAUUCUUAAAGGAUUAUUGUGCAUGUUUCACGCUGGUCUCACGCUUGUGUUACCAAGCCCUUCAUUUAAUCCUGUAAAAUCGUUAAAUGCAAUAAUACGAGAGAAGUGCAAUGUCGUUUACGGUACUCCGACGAUGUGGAUUAAUUUAUUGGAUGUUCAUCAACAACUUCAACCGCCGCCAAUAACUUUAGCGUGCGGUGUCACCGGUGGUUCCCCUGCGUCGCCGCAACUUUUCAACACAAUAAGAGAAUGCUUCAACUUUGACAAUAUCAAGACGAUAUACGGGCUCACAGAGACGACGGGGAUCAUCUUUGAAUCAUUGGCCAACGAAAGCGCCGAAUUAACGAAUAAUACAGUUGGUCAUUUAGCCAAUCACGUUGAAGCUAUGGUUGUCGAUGAGAACGGGAACGUUGUGCCAUUCGGUACUCCCGGAGAACUCUGGAUUCGAGGGUACUGCAAUAUGAUGAAGUACUGGCACGACGAAGAUGCGACGAAGAAGACCAUUACCAAAGAUGGAUGGUUGAAGACCGGCGAUCAAUUUGUCUUAAGAUCGGAUGGUUAUGGACAAAUAAUUGGAAGGCUGAAAGACAUGUUGAUUCGGGGAGGUGAAAAUAUUUUUCCAAAGGAGAUCGAGGAUGUAUUAAUGACACACCCUCUAGUGACUGAGGCAUAUGUUAUAGGCGCCUACGACGAAGUUUACGGGGAGGAAGUGUGCGCAUGCGUGCGUCUUCGAGAAGGCGCGAGUAUGAAAAAAGAGGAGUUGAGAGAGUACUGCAAGAGUCGUAUAGCUCGUUUCAAAGUGCCUCGUUACGUAGAGUUCGUAACGGAAUAUCCGAAAACAGCGAGCGGGAAGAUACAAAAAUAUAAAUUGAAGCAAGAAAUGGAACGAAAUGGAAGAAUUCCCACCAAAUCAAACUAGAAUAUUACCACGGUGAUUGGGAGAAACGCAAAGUAAUAUGUAAUUUACAAUUGUCUCCUUGAAUUGACUUUUAAUAAAUAUUUAAUAAAAGAUAAUAUUUUGCGU